CUUCUGGCCUCUGGUCACUGCAGUUGUCAGGAAGGCUUUGCCUCAAACAGCUCGGGACCGUCUCAACUGGAGACAGAAGAACGACCUUGUGCUCCUGGGCUUGAAUCUUCCCUUUCGUAUCUCCAGCUCUCACCUGGGAGUCUUUUGUAGCUAAGAUACAUUUUUUUCCUGCAAAGAUUUCCCACCUCCUCGGAGAACACAGGCUCCGGAAGUCUCCGGCCGCCUUGAGUCCGUGUCCCCCUGAAAGCAUGGACCAGCUGGACCUGCUGGGGUUCCUCGUCAUCACCCUAAACUGCAACGUGACCAUGGUGGGGAAGAUCUGGCUUCUCUGCACGGUGCUUUUGAGGACGGUGGUGCUCAUCCUGGCCGGGUCGCCGGUCUACCAGGACGAGCAGGAGAGGUUCGUCUGCAAUACUCUGCAGCCCGGAUGCGCCAACGUUUGCUACGACAUCUUCGCCCCCAUGUCCCACCUGCGCUUCUGGCUGAUCCAGAGCGUGUCCGUUCUCCUUCCGUCCGCGGUCUUCAGUGUCUACGUGCUGCACAAAGGAGCCGAGCUGGCGGCACGUGGGUCCCGCUGGCCGGAUGAUGGCUCGGAGGACCACGACGGCCCUGAACUGACCCCUGGGGCCAGGCGCUACCUGACGGUGCCGGACUUCUCCUCGGGCUACGUGGUCCACCUCUGCCUCCGGACCCUGACGGAGGCAGCUUUCGGUGCCCUGCAUUACCUCCUCUUCGGAUUCUUGGUCCCCAAGAGAUUCUCGUGCAUGCACCCUCCUUGCACCAGCGUGGUGGACUGUUACGUCUCCCGGCCCACGGAGAAGUCCAUCCUGAUGCUUUUCGUCUGGGCGGUCUGCGCGCUGUCCUUGCUGCUCAGUGUCGCCGACCUGGUCUGCAGCGUGCGCUGGAAGACGCGCAGGCGACACGGCGGGGCCCGGAGGAGGCCGUGUCAAGGGGCGGGGAGUGCGGCGCGGGAGGGACACGGGGCGCACGGGGGACGUGGGGCGCGCGCUCGCCGGGGCCUGCGGACUGGAGGGCAGGGCGCGUACGGCCCCGCCUCGGAGCCCACCGAGCCGGGGCAUCCGGAGCUGCCAGGGGAGGACGAGAGCGACGCGCUGUCCUCAGCCAGCGACCAGCCGCGCAGGGCCGGGCCAGGAGCGGCGGCCCCGGGGUGGGAGGAGCGGCCCUGCGCGCCGAGCACCCCGCUCCCGGGCCCCAGCAAGUCCGAGUGGGUGUGAGCGGCCGGCGUCCCGCCCCGGGAGCGGGAGCGCGGCGACCAGGGCCGAGAACAUCGACCCGCAGAAAGGUGAGCUGGCGGGACAGACCGACUUCCCGAGAGGCUCCGGUGCUGCGCAGCAGGGAUUUAAUUUAGAUGAAGCCUUCUGGGGGGCACUGCACUUGGCGUUCGAGUGCGGUGGCAGCUCCAGGGAUUAACCGGCGAGCAUCAGGUCCAUGAGUCUGUCGCACUCCAGUUCCAUUGUCUCAUUUUGCCGCAGUGUGGGCUUGAAAAGCACGCUCUUUGGAUUUACAGAGCUCACGAAUAUUUUAAUGUUUUCGGGUGACUUAUUUCGACGGUUUGUUGUUGUUGUUUGUUUUGGUUUGUUUUUCUGCUUAGCCAAAAAGGGCAUCUGUUACGCACGUCAUCCAUAGAGGGAUAUUAGUUUAACUUCUCCAAACCCCUUUAAUAAAAUUAAUGCUGUUUGCGUUGCCCUAUCACACUUCCUACUUCACUGUGUUAAAGGAGAAACCACAAAUGCAGGAAAUAUGACUGAAAACUUUGGGGUCUUUUGGGGGGCAUCCUGGGUUGUUACUGCAUGUGGGUGUGAGGUUCACAGGAUGAAGGGUGGCCGCUGGCUGGCUUUAGUGUCGCCGGGCUCGUGGCUGGGUGGCUGUCCUCACUGAGCAGAGCGGGGCACUCUGGCUGCUGACGACAGGCCUAGAGUUGCCACAGGGCUUCCAGUCCCGGCUCUGUGUCCUUGGGACGGUCAUACAGUUAGGGCUGCCCUGAGGGUGUUCGUGUCCCAGGGGAGCAGAUGAGGAAUGCUGCGGGUGUUCCAGCCUUGUGGUCUGUGCUGAUGCUCCG